AUGGAAGAGCUGGAUGAGGCCCCUGUGUCACCCCCAUGCACAAAGAAGAAAAAAAUGGCUGAAAAGAAAGAAAAAGAAUCCAGGAGAAUCUGGGAGCAUGUAAAUAUUGACGAAUUCCAGGUUCCUGAUUCAAGUUUUGCACCCCCGGAUUCUGUCAAGACAUUUCAAUAUUUCAAGAUGCUCUUCACUGAUGAGAUGAUUCUACAUAUCGCUCAUCAAACCAACCUGUACUCUGCCCAUGAGCUGGGGGAUCCAAUCAAAACUAACCCUUGUGAGAUUGAGGAUUUCCUGGCUAUGCUACUUUUUAUGGGAGUUUUCAACUUCCCGGCAAUGGAAGAUUACUGGCACCCUGCAUCACGUUUUAACUUGAUUGCUGAUAUCAUGCCGAAAAGGAGAUUCACACUGUUACAGUGUUACAUUCACUUCAACGAUAAUCAGCAGUGUGAUGGCAUACCUGACAGAUUUUACAAAAUCUGGCCCCUUUUUGAGAUGCUUCGUAAGCAAUGUCUCCUUAUCCCGUCCACUUACAAGCACAGUGUGGAUGAAGUCAUGGUGUCUUAUAAAGGCACAAGGGCUGGCACUCUCCGCCAAUAUUUUGCCAAUAAACCUGACAAGUGGGGCUUCAAAGUGUUCUGCCGUGCCCGUUCUUCUGGCAUCAUCCAUGGCCUACUGCUCUAUCAAGGGCCGUCCACAUUCUUCAAUGUUGAUCUAAUUGUCUUCUGUGACAACUACUUCACUAGUUUCGACCUGGUCCUGAGCCUGCAUGCAAAUCUGAGCAUUAAAUGUAUCGGCACAGUCCGCUCAAACCGCAUCGGGGGAGCUCACCUGAUAGAAGAUGAAGAGCUGAUGAAGAGAGGAUGUGGGGCUCUUCAUUACAAGUCCACUGAAGGUGUACUUGCAGUCAAAUGGUACGAUAACAAAUGUGUCACUCUCCUCAGCAAUGCCUCUGGGAUCAAGCCUCUUACAAGUGUCCAACGGUGGAGCAAAGAUGCAAAAGUGAAUAUUGCUGUCCAAUGCCCAUCACUUAUUGCUGCCUAUAAUCAGGAUAUGAGUGGCAUUCAUCUUUCCGACAUGCUGGUUCAUCUGUACAAGACCCCAGCUAAAUCACAACGCUGGUACUUCCCCCUGUUUGGAUACGCCCUUGAUCUGUGCAUUUCCAAUUCUUGGUUUGUCUACAAGAGAGACUGUGACCUACUGAAGGAAAAACCAAUGCCUCUCAAAAUGUUUCGUCUGGCUGUGGCCCACAGUUUGAAACAAGUCAACAAGCCAGCACCUAGAGUUGGUCGGCCAUCAUCUGCUAGUCCACCACAAAUGUCCUGUGAGAAGAAGCGCCUUCCCCCAAGACCCCCACAACCAGACAUACGCUACGACAACUAUGGACAUUGGCCACUUCACACUGACAACCUGGGACGGUGCAGCCUCUGCCCAAAGGGUGUGUCCUGUGCUUCAUCGGAGAGAGGGAUUGCUUUGUAG